CGCCCCCGCGCAUGCGCGCGGCUCCCUGAGCGCAGCCGGCACCGCGGCAGCGCCGAGCCGGAGCCGAGGGACGCUCCGGCUGCUCUGUCGUCUGUCGCAUCCGCUCUCAAGCCCGGCUCUUUGCUCGCUCUCCGCAGCUCACCCUCUCCGACGCGUCUGCAGAGCUGCCCGGAGCGCUGGAAGCGGGCCCGUGUGCCCAGCACGGCGCUGAUCCCGCUGAUCCCGCUGAUCCCGCUCCUCCGGCGCCGCGGGGCAGCCGCCGCGGAACAGCUUACUCAGAAUGUCUCAGUGGUAUCAACUACAGCAGCUGGAUUCCAAGUUUUUGGAGCAAGUUCACCAGCUGUAUGAUGACAGCUUUCCUAUGGAGAUCAGGCAGUACCUGGCACAGUGGCUGGAAAACCAGGAUUGGGAACAUGCGGCCAACAAUGUAUCAUUUGCUACACUGUUAUUCCAUGACCUGCUGUCACAGCUUGAUGAUCAAUUUAGUAGAUUCUUGAUAGAAAACAACUUUUUGCUGCAGCACAACAUAAGGAAAAGCAAACGUAAUCUUCAGGAUAACUUCCAAGAAGACCCAAUACACAUGGCAAUGAUCAUCCACAACUGUCUGAAAGAAGAGAGGAAAAUACUGAAUUGUGCCCAGGCAAGCAAUGAGAUGGAAGUAGGCAGUGUACAGAACACUGCAGCUGGGAUGCCAGACAAGCAGAAGGAGCUUGAUACCAAUAUUAGGACUUUAAAAAGCAGUGUUAAUGAUGUGGAGCAGGACAUCAAGUCAUUAGAAGAUGUGCAAGAUGAAUAUGACUUCAAAUGUAAAACUCUGCAGAACAGAGAACACGAGUCCAGUAGUAUGUCUCAGGAAGAAUACAAGAAAGAACAGCUGAAUCUCCAGCACAUGUUCUUAUCACUGGACUGCAGGAGAAAGGAGGUGGUGAAUAAGAUAGUGAAGCUGCUGAAGAGCACAGAGCAGAUACAGGCUGCCCUUAUUAAUGAUGAGCUGGUGGAGUGGAAGCACAGGCAACAGACAGCAUGCAUUGGUGGGCCACCCAAUGCCUGCCUCGACCAGCUGCAGAACUGGUUCACCAUUGUUGCUGAAAGUCUACAGCAAGUUCGUCAGCAGCUCAAGAAACUUGAGGAACUGGAACAGAAAUAUACCUAUGACCCUGAUCCCAUCACAAAAAAUAAACAAUUUCUGCAGGACCUAACACACAAGCUUUUCCAACAACUCAUCCAAAGCUCCUUUGUGGUAGAGAGGCAGCCUUGCAUGCCAACACAUCCUCAGAGGCCACUAGUCCUGAAGACAGGAGUGCAGUUCACUGUGAAGCUGAGAUUGCUGGUGAAACUGCAGGAACUGAACUACAACUUGAAAGUGAAAGUUUUAUUUGAUAAAGAUGUAACUGAGAAGAACUCAGUCAAAGGGUUCAGGAAAUUUAAUAUUUUGGGAACAAACACAAAAGUAAUGAACAUGGAAGAAUCUACUAAUGGAAGUCUAGCAGCAGAAUUCAGGCACUUGCAACUGAAAGAACAGAAAAACACAGGGAGCAGAACAAAUGAGGGUCCUCUGAUUGUAACAGAAGAGCUUCACUCUCUGAGUUUUGAGACACAGCUGUGCCAGCCUGGUUUGGUAAUAGACCUAGAGACCACAUCCCUUCCCAUUGUUGUGAUCUCAAACGUGAGCCAGCUUCCCAGUGGAUGGGCUUCUAUCUUGUGGUUCAACAUGCUGUCUACUGAUCCCAAGAACCUGUCCUUCUUUCUGAAUCCACCUUGUGCAAAGUGGUCUAAGCUUUCUGAUGUUCUGAGUUGGCAGUUCUCUUCUGUAACAAAGAGAGGACUAAAUGCAGACCAGCUGAGCAUGCUGGGAGAGAAGCUUCUUGGGCCAUCUAAUGGAGGAUCUCAGGAUGGCCUUAUUCCUUGGACAAGAUUCUGCAAGGAAAAUAUAAAUGAUAAAAAUUUCCCCUUUUGGCUGUGGAUUGAAGGAAUCCUGGAGCUUAUUAAGAAACAUCUCCUGUGUCUCUGGAAUGAUGGCUGCAUUGUGGGCUUCAUCAGCAAAGAGAGAGAACGUGCUCUGCUGAAGGAUCAGAGCCCAGGAACAUUUUUAUUGAGAUUCAGUGAAAGCAGCAGAGAGGGAGCCAUCACCUUUACCUGGGUAGAGGAAUCUCAGAAUGAGCCACAGUUCCACUCAGUAGAGCCCUACACCAAGAAGGAGCUCUCUGCCGUCACCUUCCCCGACAUCAUCCGCAAUUACAAAGUGAUGGCUGCCGAGAACAUCCCCGAGAACCCGCUGCGAUUCCUGUACCCCAACAUCCCCAAAGACAAUGCCUUUGGCAAAUACUACUCCAGGCCUAAGGAGGCACCAGAACCAAUGGAUGUGGAUGGUCCCAAGGGAAAUGGCUACAUCAAGACUGAGUUAAUCUCUGUAUCUGAAGUCCACCCUUCCAGGCUGCAGUCCCCAGAAAACCUGCUGCCCAUGUCUCCCGAGGAGUUUGACGAGGUGUCUCGGAUGGUGGGCCCCGCAGAGAUCGACACCGUGAUGUGUACACAUAUCCAGCUCUGAGCUUUGGCUGAGCUUUCCCUGUGCCAUGUAUCCUGUGCUGCAGUCAAUGCCUUGGUGACAACAUUUCACACUUUGGUUUCUCAGCCUGAAAGUCCAGCAGCAAUUUUAGCUAAUGGGAAUAUCAACAGCAGCAGCCUGAGCAGCCUCCUUACAUGCAAAUCUUUGUUUAAUUAGCAAGACACCGUGCCAGAGUAGAGGAAGGUGAGAAUGUGAGCUCCUCAGUGACAGCAAUGGCAGAAACAUGCCUUCACUGUUUUAAGCAAUUAGUUAAAUGUUUAAACAAGUUAACUGUACAUAGAAGGCUUCAAAGAAAAGCUGGUUCUUUUACAGAGGUUCUGUUCAGAAAGCUUACAUUUUGAAUUUUUGUCUGCAUCACAAAAGGGAAACACUCUGCAGAUACCAUGCCACACCCAAUCCAUGUGCUGCUAAAGUUUGUUGUGUUUUUAGCUCUUCUGAACAUGGCCCAUUGAGAGAGCAGAAGCCCAAAAUGUUACAUUUUAUUUUCACCAUUUUUACAAGGCACAAUCUUGUGUAGGAUGUUUAGCACAAUCUUUCUCAAAAACAAAGCAUUUCUUAGGACACCACCCUCAAGCUGCAUUGGCACGUGCAGAGCUUGGAACCCAAGGUGUAUAAUGAAGACUAAAGCCUGUGCAGACUGCAGUCAGACAAAAUCAGAACCUCCUCUUCUCCUCUUAGGAGACUGCAAAAGGGAUUGAAGUACAUUUUCAUUUACUGUGCCUAAUCUGCCAGGGUGAGGAUCUGGUCACCCCUAUGUUUUGCAAUAGUACAGGCCCCAUGUAGGUAUAACAGGUGGAAUGGAACUCAGUUUUCUCGUGCAUUAUGAACCAGGGCAUUUAUUUAACUGUUAAUUUGAAUAGCUAAAAGAUUUUACAGGCUUUGAUAAUGGUUUUGUAAGAAGGGGUAAGGCAGAGGAAAGUGAAGAAGUUUAUCCAGAGCAAAGGCUGUGGGAUAUGCAGACUGCAGUACUUAAAGGAUGAAGCUCUGCUUCCACCAGAGGAGGAACAGGUUGGUUUCUCAGCACGUUUGAAGGCAAUUAACAACUCUCAAUUAAGAAGCAAGGCUGUUGGAGGCAGCUGGUCUCUCUAAGGGAACCUAUUAGUGCAGGCUGCUAAUUAGCACGGAGCUGAGCAGAGGGGCUGCAGAGCCCUCGUGCUGCACCCAUCUGUCCAGCCACAGGAACAGGGCAGCCACUGUGGGGUCCCUGCCUGAGCAGGGGCGUGGACAAGGGCACCUCCUGCGCCCCCUCCACACCCAUCAGCUGCUGUUUGGGAAGGACUGCUUCAGUUUGGUGUGUUGUGCCCAAGACAUCUGAUGUGCUCCCUGAAAAAGCUUCCAAGUAAAAAUAAAAGGACCUAGAGCAUGUAACACAUGUAUUUAAAAGAAAGCAUUGCAAACUGACUUAUUUUUGGUGCCCUGAGUUACUGAGAUUAACAGUGCUACAGGAAAUGACUUAAUGCUUUUAUCUUACUGUAACUAGCUGGAUGUGUAUCUGUUGCUAAAACAAAAAUCUAGUUGUUUUUUGAGCUAUGCUUUGUAUUCAUGUACUACAAGUCAUUUUAUCCUUCAGUUUUGUGGGACAUAAAGCAGUGAUCUUAUUCACAGCUUGGAUUUUCAAUAGCCAGUAGUUCUAGAAGCAGUGACUUUUCCUGGACGGAAUAUUCUUUUAUAUAUUUUAAAUAAAUGGAACUGUCAGUUGCCACUUCUGUCCUCUCUCUCAUGUUUUGGCUACUUCUGUUAUAAAGUAGAUGUGCCAGUCAGUAUUUUACUACUCUGUAUCUCAUUUUAAACUUGUUUGCACCUAAAGAGUUAGUUACAGCUCUGAAGCCCAAGGCAGUACUUUUAAUUGUUGCAGGUCUGUCUGCACUGGAGUUCUUAGAAGGUGGUUGUUACCUUUCAUUUGUUUCCAUCCCCACACAACCUUCAAUAAACUGAACUUGAAUUUCUAA